GAUAUUACAUAAUAUAAAAAAUAUAUUAAUAAUUAGAUAAAAACAAUUGAAAGUAUAGUUACACCUGUCAAAAUUUUCAUUGUAUAAUUAUCACUUUAUCCUAGUUUAGUACAAUUAUUCAUUUUUAAGUUAAAAAGUAAACAAACAAAAAAUAACAAACAUUAUGUUAUAAUUUCUAAGACUGCAUUGUGGAUUGCAUUCAUCAUGACUAAUAACAAUUGUACGAGUGUAAACGACGAACAAUUAUUUGCAUUAGAAGUUUUUGUGAAAGAUGUGACUCUUUAUGUAGAUAAAUCACAAAAAAAAGAAUCAACUGAGUUAGGAGUCGAUUUUAAAUUCAUUGACUUUCCUGUAAUUAGGAUUUUUCAACAUGAAUACAACCUAACCAAAACAGAAAAAUCGAAAGAAGUUUAUACUGAUACAAAAUUUCGUAUCAUAAGUUUCAAUUGUGGACAAACAUAUUUAUUUCCAAGAAAUCCAUACGAAUUAAUAAGUGCAAUGAGAUCUUCGCUAUUAACUUUAGAUGUUUAUAAAAUAAAAGGUAUAUCCCUAUGUCCAUACGAAGUUAUAAAAGAUCCUUUAGGCGUAGCAGAAAUUCCUUUGUAUGGAUGUUUAUGCGAUCAAAUUUCGAUGGCAACUAACGAUUCCAAUCACAUGCCAAAACCAUACGUUAUUAAAAACAAAUUCAUUUUAUUAAAUCAAGAACGUAUGAUGUCUGGAAUGAUAGCUAUUUUUUUAAGACUUUUAUGCGUUGGAAAAAAUAGUAUUGUUGACUUUGCAAAUGAUGAAAAAACAUUGUUGUUUAAAAAUCAAAAUUUCCCUGAUGAAUUUCGAUGCAUGAAAGUCCCUAUUUAUGACGAAGCUUUAAUAAAAGCGCAAGAAAGAGAAAGAAAAAUUUGUUUUCCUGAUGAAAAACCUAAGUUAUCUGAAUUGGAUACACCGCCUGAUUCACAUCUCAUUAUUAAUUUGACUCAAAUUUGUACGAUGUUGGCAGAACAAGAUGGACUGCCUAAAGAUCUUUUCUCUAAAUUAAAACUUAAAUUCACUAACAACUGUGAGACUAACGAUAAAGAAGAAUAUUAUUCUUGGACUCCUGAAAAAUUAAUAAUAGAUACUUCUGUUUCUAAUGUACGUAUAAAAUCUCACUUAGGCAAUAGACCUUGUUAUUCUGUUGGUUGUUCUGGUGGACUGUGUAUUGGUGGAAAAUCAAUAUGGGAAGAUAAGAAGUACUUGUAGAAAAAUAAACUAACACAUUGGCUCAAAAUGUAAGUACUAUAUAUCGAACGAAGCGACGCGGAGUACUACACAAAGGGAUACGAAGAGACACGAAAAUAUUGCACGAAGGCACACGAACGUACUGUACGAAGAUACACGAAGAGAUACGAAUGUUUUGUACGAAAGAGACAUGACAGAUGUGAACAUAUUGCACGGAGAACACGCAGCAACUUAGAAAUAUUGCACGAAGAGGCAUAUACGAAAUAAAAGCUUAGAUAAUAAUCGACGAUGUAUAUAUAUUCAUUCCAUUUUAGUAAUUAAUAGCUACGGGUGAUUAUAAGUUUAAAAAACAAUAAAUUCAUAUGAAUCAUAAGAGCAUAUUGCAGGUUAUUGUAGAUGGUAACUAAAGAUAGUUAAUAGCGCGCAACGAGCGAUAUUUGAAACUAUUUAAAAAUUA